AUGGCAUCCGACGGGCGCGUGGAGCGGAUCGCGUCCAGCAUCCGCGCCAUCCCCAACUUCCCCAAGCCAGGGAUUUUGUUUCAGGACAUCACAACCUUGCUUCUCGAUCCGCAGGCAUUCCGUGACACCAGUGACCUCUUUGUCGAGCGGUACAAGGACAAAGACAUAACUGUAGUUGCUGGUGUUGAAGCCAGAGGAUUCAUUUUUGGUCCUCCCAUUGCAUUAGCCAUAGGUGCAAAGUUUGUUCCAAUAAGGAAGCCGAAAAAAUUACCUGGUGAGGUGAUAUCGGAAGAAUAUUCUCUGGAAUAUGGCACUGACAAAAUUGAAAUGCACGUAGGAGCUGUGCAGCCCAAUGACCGAGUCCUUAUUGUGGAUGAUCUAAUUGCCACAGGGGGAACCCUUUGUGCCGCUGCCAAACUUAUUGAGCGUGUUGGAGCAAAGGUGGUUGAGUGUGCCUGUGUUAUUGAACUGCCAGAGCUGAAGGGCCGGGACAAGUUGGGGGACAUGCCAGUUUUUGUCCUAGUGCAGGCAGACGAGUCAGUAUGA